AUGAUUCAUAAAAGAGUCAAAACCGUGUUAAUUUUUCAUAGCUCUAAUUGGCCACAGAUGAUACCUCGUCGAAAAAUUUUCAUCCUUCUUUCCCUUGUGAUAUUUGUAAUGCUGCCUUGUUAUCAAAGUCGUGCCAGGAAUAAUCCAAGUACUCAGAAAUUAAUUAGAAAUAGAGAAUCGUAUAAGUUACCUGAAGAUAAACUUUUAUUCAACUACACAAAAGAUCAGAAGAAAGAAAAUCUUCAUAUAAAACAAAAUGAUGAAAAAUGGGAUGCGAUACCUAUACAAUACCAAAAGAAAAAUGGAUACAUACAUGAAUCUCCAUCUGUUAAUUUUACACACAAUCAUACAAGAGACAAUGAACUACCAAUGUAUGGUGAACAGAUCUCAACGCACAAAAGAUUUAAAAGAGGUGUGAUACAUUUGUAUAACAUGGUAGUAUGCGCCACUGGAUGUAAUCCUUUAGCUUAUAAGGGAUAUGGAUGCUACUGUGGCUUUUUAGGUUCAGGAUAUGUAAUAGAUGGAAUAGAUAGAUGUUGUAAAAUGCAUGAUUGGUGCUAUGAUGCUACAGAAUGUCCAACAUUUUCAGAAUACUUUGUACCAUAUUAUUGGAGAUGUUAUCGCGGUUACAAACCAGUAUGCGCUGUUGAACAUGGAAAUUGGGGAGGAUCUGGAUCAUGUGCUCAGCGAUUGUGUGAAUGCGAUCGUUCAUUCGCUGAAUGUUUAAAACGUUAUCCGUGUCCAACAACCAAAGCUGUAUGUACUUCUUCACCUUGGAGAUUAGUGCAAAAUCUUUUUAUGAUCAUGUAAUGUUUGGUAUAGAAUUGUAAAAUAUAAAUAACUGAAUUGAA